AUGGCAGACAACACCAAAAUGCAAGCUGGUGCAGGCAGAGCCAAAGGAGGUAGAAAAGGUAAAGCCCCUCAACUGCGAGUUGCUGAUAAUGAAGUCACCAAUGAGACAGAAGCUGAAGUGACUGAUGAUGAAGCCAAUGAAGAAACAAACUCUGAUUCUGAUCAAGACAGCAGCAGCAAGCAAUAUAACUUCUGCACCUUGGGAACAUAUGACAAGAAACACCCGAAGUGGAACUGUGCCUUUGAUGAUGCCAUGAUGAAUGCAGUCUGGAAGAAGAUUGAAAAUGGCUUGACCAAUGAAGCCACCACAACUUCAUGCCAAAUUGCCCUCAUUGCCCAGUUAGGCAAGCUCAGGAUGUUCAACUCUGAUGCUCAAAAGCUCAUUCAGGAAAUUAGGUCUAUCCAGACAGAGAGCAGCUUGUUGGGAAAACCUUUUGCCAAUGACACUUUGUUCUCAAACUUACAGAAGUGCACUAUCUGCCACCCAAUGUAUAAAGAAAUGGUUGCCACCAUUAGCCAGCUUACUUUUAACACUCUUGCUACAGCUUUGACUAUUCAGCAAUCAGCAAUUGAGAAUUACCCUGCUCAGAAGGUUGACCCCCACCAAGCUAGUGCCAGAGUUGCCAGCAGCAAUGACCAAGAUGAACCAACCUUGAAGGAUGGGAGGGAUGAGAAGGAUGAAGACAACACCAAUGCCAAGGUCACUGCUCAGCCCUGA